AUGAAAUCUCUCAAGACGCUUUGUGCGGAGCUUCAACAGAUCUUCAUGCUUAACGGAUCUUAUAGUUUGUUCAACUCGAAAGGAGAAGGUGGUGUAAGGAAGUCAAACGUGGCCAAUCAAGGAUCGCUUUUCGAGAGGUGCGUCAAUACCGCCGAGACACAGAAUCACCUGUUUUUCGACGAGACACCGUGCUUCCCCGAUUUUCCGGAAUACGCAAAAGAUCAAGGAUACCUACCGUUAGGAUGGGGUUUUCAGACUACGCCAAUGAUCUUGUGUCUUGACAUCAGGCCAGACAUCUUCGAACCCUUACUAGGAGAUGGUAGUGUCAGCCAGCUGCUGCUGAAUAACCAUGAUCUCCAUCCACUUUCGAUAAGGCCCCGCUGUGAAGCCUUGGCAUAG